AUGCAUAUCUUGGUCGUCAACGAUGACGGUCCGCCGUGCAGCCAACUCUCCCCCUACAUCCGCCCAUUCGUCAAUGCCCUCCAAGAUGCCGGCCAUCUCGUCUCCGUCGCCAUCCCCGCCGCCUCCCGCUCCUGGAUCGGCAAGGCGCAUCUGAUCGAAGCCUCCCUGAAAGCCACCUACGUGCCGCCUGCCGCCUUCCGCAACGACGCAACCUGGGAUGAGGCCUUCGACGCCGACGCCGACGCCGACACCGUGCAGGACCCCCACGGCGACUGGGUGGUCAUCCGCAACGGCACGCCCGCCAGCUGCGUGCAGCUCGGCCUGUUCAAUCUCUUCGCGGACCGCGGGCCCAUUGACCUGGUGAUCUCCGGCCCCAACCACGGCCGCAACGCCUCCACCAUCUACAACCUCUCCUCCGGCACCGUCGGCGGCGCCCUGGAGGCCGCCACCUGCGGCAAGCGCGGCAUCGCCAUCUCCUUCGGCAGCAAGGACCCCCAACCCGCCGACACCAUCGCCGCCGCCUCCCGUCUCGCCGUCCGCCUCGUCGACCACCUGUCCCGCCGCUGGGACGAGCGCGUCGAGCUGUAUAACCUGAACAUUCCCAUGCGAACCGACGUCGAGUCCAGAUCCAUUCAAUACACGCGCGCCCUGCCGUACUACUGGGCCCGGGGAUACCUGUACGCCGAGGAGCCGACGGCGCAGAAGACGAACGGCGCGACGAACGGCGCGCUGACCAAUGGCGCCGCGCCGUCGCGGUUAAAGCAGCGCAAUUUCAAUUGGUCCGCCGAGCUUUCGGAUAUGAAGAAGGCGCUGCAGUCCAGCGAGGAGGGCACGGAUGCGCAUACCGUGCUGAAUGGAAACGUCAGUGUGACCGCCCUCUGUGCGAAUUUCUGGCAUGUGCCCGGUUUGGAUGGACCCUUGGAACUGGACAAUUGA